CCUGGUACCAAGGAACUUUACUUUCUUGUUUCUGAGAUAAAAAGAGACAUCUAGAUUGCGGCAUAAAGGUGUGCAAAAAAGACAAGUAUAGAUUUCUCGUGCUUGUUUAUCAUGUAUGUCCCGACGAUUUCCGAAGUUAUCCGAGUUCGACGCCAUGUUUGAUGUCAGAUUGUGACGCUGUGUGAUUGCAUUGUACGUACAAUUUCUGAGAAUUUAUUAAAAAACCUGUAUUGUUUAUCAACUACUGGCUUUGUAAUUAAGAGACAGGGUGCACUAUUGCAUCCUUUCUAAACAUGAGCUAUCAGAUACCAUCAUCGCAAAGCCGCACAAUGUCCCAUAGCAACUAUGGAGGUUCUGAUGUGCCAAUGGCUCCUAGUAAGGAGCAACAGACCCUUAUGUGGCAGCAGAAUUCAUACCUUGUUGAUUCUGGCAUCAAUUCUGGAGCUGCAACUCAGGUGCCAUCUCUCACUGGGAAGGAAGAUGAUGAAAUGGAGGGAGACCAACUUAUGUUUGAUUUGGACCAAGGCUUUGCCCAGGGGUUCACCCAGGAACAAGUUGAUGAUAUGAACCAGCAGCUACAACAGACUCGUUCCCAGCGAGUCAGAGCUGCCAUGUUCCCUGAAACACUGGAGGAGGGCAUUGAGAUUCCCUCCACUCAGUUGGAUCCAGCCCAACCUACUGCGGUCCAGCGUCUGGCCGAACCAUCGCAGAUGUUGAAGCAUGCUGUGGUAAACUUGAUAAAUUAUCAAGAUGAUGCUGAUUUAGCCACAAGGGCUAUACCAGAAUUAAUCAAACUGUUGAAUGAUGAAGACCAAGUAGUAGUUUCCCAAGCAGCUAUGAUGGUUCACCAGUUAUCCAAGAAGGAAGCGUCUCGUCAUGCCAUCAUGAAUUCUCCUGAAAUGGUUGCGGCUUUAGUCCGCGCCAUUUCCUAUAGCAAUGACUUGGAAACUACCAAAGGAGCUGUGGGAACUUUGCACAAUUUAUCUCACCAUCGCCAAGGUCUAUUGGCUAUCUUCAAAAGUGGCGGGAUCCCUGCUUUAGUGAAGCUUCUCAGCUCUCCUGUGGAGUCUGUAUUGUUCUACGCUAUCACUACUCUUCACAAUCUUUUGCUUCACCAAGAUGGUUCAAAAAUGGCCGUGCGUCUCGCUGGUGGUCUACAGAAAAUGGUGGCUUUACUUCAGCGCAACAAUGUUAAGUUCCUAGCUAUAGUGACUGAUUGCCUCCAGAUUUUGGCAUAUGGAAACCAGGAAUCGAAGCUCAUCAUCCUUGCUUCUCAAGGACCUAUUGAAUUAGUUCGCAUUAUGCGUUCUUAUGAUUACGAAAAGUUGUUGUGGACCACCUCAAGGGUUCUGAAGGUACUGUCAGUAUGCUCAAGCAACAAACCAGCUAUAGUAGAAGCAGGUGGUAUGCAAGCCUUGGCCAUGCAUUUGGGUAACUCCAGUGGCCGUCUUGUCCAAAACUGCCUUUGGACUUUGAGGAAUCUGUCAGACGCUGCUACUAAGGUUGAGGGCUUGGAGGCACUCUUGCAGAGUUUGGUGCAAGUACUCGCGUCUACUGACGUGAACAUCGUCACUUGUGCCGCUGGAAUCUUAUCCAACUUGACUUGCAACAAUCAACGCAACAAGGUGACAGUAUGCCAAGCGGGUGGUGUAGACGCGCUCGUACGCACCGUAGUAUCGGCCGGCGACCGGGAAGAGAUCACUGAACCCGCAGUCUGUGCUCUACGACACCUGACCUCACGUCACUUGGAGAGUGAGAUGGCUCAGAACGCGGUGCGAGUGCACUAUGGAUUACCGGUGAUAGUGAAACUGCUGCAGCCGCCUUCCCGUUGGCCUUUAGUGAAGGCCGUGGUGGGUUUGGUGCGCAACUUGGCACUAUGCGCUGCCAACUAUGCGCCUUUACGUGAACACGGCGCCGUACACCAUCUGGUUAGACUGCUGAUGAGAGCGUUCAACGAUACACAGCGGCAACGUUCAUCUGUGUCCGGUACUACCGGCCCACCUGGCGCGUACGCAGACGGCGUUCGUAUGGAAGAGAUCGUAGAAGGCGCUGUCGGAGCACUCCAUAUAUUAGCCCGAGACAGCGUUAACAAACAGCUUAUACGGCAGCAGAACGUCAUCCCGAUCUUCGUGCAACUGCUGUUCAACGAGAUAGAGAACAUACAGCGUGUGGCAGCCGGGGUUCUUUGUGAGCUGGCAGUUGAUAAGGAGGGGGCUGAAAUGAUAGAAGCGGAGGGUGCCACCGCACCGCUUACGGAACUCCUGCAUUCACGUAACGAAGGUGUGGCCACGUACGCCGCUGCGGUACUAUUCCGUCUGUCCGAAGACAAACCGCACGAUUACAAGAAGCGUCUCUCCAUGGAGUUGACGAACUCUCUGUUCCGCGAGGACCCGCAGAUGUGGCCCAACGAUUUGGCGAUGCAACCCGAUUUACAGGACAUGCUCGGACCCGAGCAAGGGUACGAGGGGCUGUAUGGUACCAGACCGUCGUUUCACCAGCAAGGCUAUGAUCAAAUACCGAUAGACUCAAUGCAGGGUUUGGAAAUAGGCAGCGGUUUCGGUAUGGAAAUGGAUAUAGGCGAGACGGAAGGCGCUGGGGCCGCAUCAGCCGACCUAGCGUUCCCAGAACCACCGCACGACAACAACAACGUCGCAGCUUGGUACGACACCGACUUGUAGAUCCAUGCUGAAUUGUACCCUAUUUACAUACAAAUUGGGUAGCAAAUCGCUCGGGUGUUUACAAGUGAAACAUUCGAUUCGAUACAGCAUUUCACCCGUUGGUAAAUGGGGUAUUUAACGCCGAAAGGAUAGGAUACGCCGUGCCUAAAAGUCUAUUAAUUUUAUAUGAAUGUCACAGAGUUAGCACGAGUUUAGGGUUUGCCAAAUGCACAGUCCUUCAGUUUGUCUUACGACUACUCUGCAUAAUACUGAUGAAUUGGUCUAAAGUAUCAACCGUUACAAAAACGUGCGUCUUAUAAGUAGAAUAGAAUCUAAAAAGGUUUAUUUUCGAAAUUGGAUUAAAAUUGAUUGACAAGCUUUUUUAUGGUGGUUGAUCCUCUUAUUCGAGUUUGAAGUGAUAUAAUCUACUAUUAUUUGUAGUACAGGCAGACCUCGUACUUACGGCAUGUUAGGUUCUCGAAAUACGCGACGUAAAUCGAAACGACGUAAGUCGAGACAUCCUCACGGACGCCGGCCCAACGGACAUUGACCUCGCGACAAGUGAAUUCUCCUAUGCCGGAAAUCGAAACAAUUGACGUAUGCUUGAGGAAUAGUGUCAAAACAUUGUUCUACGUAAAUCGAAACGACGUAAGUCGAGGACUGACUGUACUCAUUUUCAGUUUCAUUUAAAACGCGAUUAAAUGAUGUUACUGUUUGUCCUGUUUUGAAGUCACACUGCCCAUAAACCAAGCAUGUAUUCUUCAAAUAAUACAGCUUUUUGACAAUGUUAUCUUAUAAUUAGUUAAUUUUAGGCCUAUACGUCAGCUGUAUACCGUCGUAAUUAAAGUAUUAUUAUAUAUCACAUUCAUAAAAACUGAUUGAAAGUCUUAUUUGUGAACGGCAAAUGAAAACAAAAAUAUUACAUAGUUUCCGCGUUACUACUAAGUUAGUCUUAAUAUAACGGGGAGACUUAAUUUGAAUAAUGUAACUAACAAAUUUGACAGCAUCUGACAUGAUACAAAGUUAUUAUUUUAUUAUUAUUAGAAACCUGUGAUACAAAGCAGCUAAACAAAUCAUGACCUGGAUGUUGUUACCCAUAAACAAUUAUGUGACUGACAUUUUUUCAUAUUGGUGCUAAGUUUAUUAAAAUACCUGUCUAAUCUAAAUUAAAAUAUAAAAAGAAACACGCCCUGCAUUGAUUGUAUCACUCUUUUUAUACUUUUGCGUAUAAAAUGCGUGUAAUCGGAG